AAUGCACCAAUUCGUUAUUUGCCAAUAAGCCUCAGAGGAAGAAGAAGGAGCAGCAAACGAAGAAGAAAUAAAAAAAAAAUCGAGAGGGGAUAAGGGAGUGGAAUACUUAUACUGUACAGGAUAAAUUUUGUAGGAUUUGAAAAUAAAGUGACCGAGGAACAUGCUGAGGGCUUGCUUGAGACGAGCUAAUACAACAGCCCGGAGCUGUCAGAGAACCUCUCCGAUAAAUCUGCAACACUGCCGGCACUACACAGCAGGAGGCUCCAGGGGUGCUGCUAAAGUGGUUGCUGUUGGCUUGGUGACAGUUGGUGGUGGCAUUGGAGGUACAAUACUCUAUGCCAAAUGGGACCAUAAAUUCAGAGCAGCCGUGGAGAACAGUGUUCCAUACUCAGCCUGGCUGUUGGAUCUGGCUUUGGGUCCUGUUUCUCAAGAUGGUGCUCUUGUGAAGAAGCAGACGGAGUUGGGUCAGCCUCCCUCUAUGAUGGAAAAAGAGAAAAAGCCAUCAAAAGCCAAAUCAGAGAAGAAGGUGAAGGAAGCUGCAGAGACUCCAACCAAAGAGAUCAGUCCUGUCCCAAAACAGCCUGCACAAAGCAUAGAGGAGGCUUCAGCACAUGCAACUCAUAUCAUCUCAGCCAUCAGUGAGGUGCAAUCAGUCCCAGCUCCUUGUGACACAGAGGCAGCACCAGCCAAAGAGGAACAGUGCAAAGACUGUAAUGAACAUAAGGAUACCCCAGUGACAGAAGCACUGAAAGAACGCCCAGUAGAAGAAGUGGCAGCCAGACUCGCUCAACAAGACCAAGAGGAAAAGAACACUGUGGCAUCUGUAUCAGACAACCUUGAAGACUCACUGGCCAAGUCAGCUAAGGCAACGCUGCAGGCCAUAGGAGCUCAGGAGGCAGCCCUGCAGGCUAUCAUAAGGCACACGUACAAACUGAAGGAGGCUAUGGAAGCAGAGGUUCCACCUCAGGAGAAGUCAGCCCAAUGGAAGGAUCUGCAAGCUGCUCUUGCUGAUAGAACCUGUGCUGUGAAUGAUGCUAGAACUGCUCUGUUGAAAGCCAAUGAAACCUUGGACAGUCUCAAGUCAGUGAUUCACAAAUCUAAAGGGCUGAAGGUUACUGGGAUUCGCCCACUCAUUUUAGCAGCAGAGGAGAAUCUCCAUAACAUGGUGGUUGACUUGGACAGAGUGGUCACUAAGGUAAAGUCUGCAGAGACAGAGGCUAAGAUAGUCUCCCAGUACGGUGAAUUGGUUAAUGAAGCUAAACAACAGUUCCAGAGAGAAGUAAGCAGCCUUACUCCAGAGAUCCAAGCCAACUGGAAGGGGCUCACUGGUAAACUGUCAGCAGAUGACCUGAACGCCCUGAUCGCUCAUGCACACCGUCGUAUUGACCAGCUGAACCGAGAGCUGGCUGAGCAGAGAGUCAGAGAACAGGUGCAUAUUGAAUCAGCCCUGGAGCAACAGAAACUGGAGGACCAGAAAGCCAUGGAAAAAGCUGUUAACACUGCCUUGCUCCACAUCAAGGAAGAAGGCCGGCUUGACCAGGAGAGAAAGCUGUCUGAGUUGAGGGAAGUGAUGGAAGCAGAGAUGAGAACUCAGCUCCGGCGUCAGGCAGCUGCUCACACAGACCACAUCCGAGAUGUUCUCAAGGUCCAGGAGCAGGAGCUGACAGCUGAAGCUGAGCAGGUCCUGAGCAGUAAGAUGUUGGAACAGGAGACCCGCUACCGUCAGCUGAGUCAGGAACAGCUGGAUAACUUUACUCUGGAUAUGAACUCUGCCUACGCAAGACUGAAGGGAAUGGAGGAGGCAAUAGAUGACCAUGUUGUAGCAGAGGAGGAGGCCCGUAAAGCUCACCGGCUCUGGCUCUCUGUGGAGGCUCUUAACUACAGUCUAAAGACUGCUGACAUUAAUUUGCCAACUGUGCCUCUAGAGAGCGCUGCUCAGGCUGUGCAGGAGAGCUGCCAUGGCAAUGACUUUGCUUUGGCUCUGGCAUCAGCUCUUCCAGAAGAAUCCCUAAAGCGGGGUGUGUACAGCGAGGCCUCUCUGCGUGCCCGCUUCAACUCCCUACGAUCGAUAGCCCGACAGGUUGCCCUCAUUGAUGAAUCACGCAACUCCUUGUACCAGUAUUUCUUGUCCUAUCUUCAAGCUGCAUUACUCUUUGAAGCUAAACAGAAAGCCCCUCCUGCCCAACUGAGCAGUGAGGAUCUAGACCCAUUUCAGCUUCUGUCAUAUGCUAGUUACUGCUUAGAGCAUGGUGAUCUGGAGUUGGCAGCUAAACUGGUUAACCAGCUGAGAGGAGAGGCCAGGAGAGUGGUAGAAGACUGGCUGACUGAAGCCAGACUCACACUGGAAACCAGGCAGAUCGUCAGUUUGUUGUCUGCUUAUGCAAAUGCUGUGGGGUUAGGAACCACCCAGGCUCCGUAGGCUGCUUUCUCAUUUAACCGGACAACCCUUAAAGGAACACUCCACCAAGCAUCUCUCUUUUGGGUAUCAACUAGUAGCCAACAGUAAAUGUGAAAGCCAGCUCAGAAGUUGUAGUGUGCAUCUUCAUGGAGGAAAGCAGCUGCUGGCAGCGUGGACUAACAACAGCAAGGGGGAUGGUGUCUGAUAUACAGAGAUUUUCAGUGGUGUAUUUCUUUAAGUUAACUGAACAUAACCAAAUGAUAAGAUGCGACAUACGUUUAUUUGUUUUAAAGCACUAAAUCACUGUAGAUGAUUUGUGAAAUGUAAUUGAUGCUUCCUCUCAAUCUAGUCUUGUCAAUUCAGGCCCGCAGGUUUGGUCCAGCUCUUUAUUUCUGGAUCAUUUAUUUUUUUUGGUGUAUUAUGGAAAAUUAAUCCUAUAAUUGAAUAUAUAAUGUCAUGCUGCAUUUUAGUUUUGUCAAUAUUGCACAUGUGACAAUAAAAACGAACAAGA